AUGCCAAGAGGCGGCUCCUGUUGUGCCAAAAAUGACCUUGACUUGGUCAUGAUGCCGGGCCCAGACUACGCUUGCGUUCUGGACGGUGAAUACGGACUGAAAAGCCGAUCAUUUCGCAGCUUCAGCUUCUCCAAGUCCAUGUCCACAGAGAAGGCCAUCAGUCAGUGUUUGAAGGCCUUUUAUUUGGUCGGCGACCCUCGAGACUACACCCUGCUGGAAAUGAAUGAGAAGGAUGGAAGUGAGGUUUUACUCGACAUAGGACAGGAUUUUCGCAAUCAGCUCCGGUUUGAGCCAAAGCGACCAACCGUGGAGAGCUCUGAGCAGUCAAUUGAGCUUGCCUUAUCGGAAGAGAUGACAGCCCAGGAGGUGGUCUCACGCGCUCUGUCAAAGUUCAACAAGUUAUGCCAAGGG